GCAGCCUGCUCUAUGUGUCCCCUGGUGUCACCCCUGCCCAAGCAGGGCCUCCAGAGGGCCCUGCCAGCCUUAGCCAUUGAUUUAAAUAAAGCUUUGACUUUCUUAAUCUAUAUAAAUUAACAUUAAAACCUAUUAAAUCAUUAGCUGCUUGAUUGCUUCCUUACUAGGUUUCCUUUUAAUAAAGAAGUAUCUCUUGCUUAGUAUUGCUACGAUACGUUUUCAAAUGGAGUGCUUCAAAGAUGAAAGCUCUUUGAGUGAAACGUGAAUUGUUUCUCGUUGUAAAGACCAUACAACCACAGCCCUUCCCUUGUACCCUGGCACAGUCUUACGGCUUUGGAAGUUGUAGCCCCACAAAGAUAACUAAUUCUUCUCAUUAUUUUGGAAGAGGAAGUUAGGACACGGGCCUAACUUGGCACCUGCUGCAAAAACGACAGGUAAGGAAUCUUACAGGAGGGAAUGGGGAAUGUUGUGUAAAGUUGUGUAAUGCAGCAUUGCUAUAACAUGUCACAGGUGAAUGCUCUCUAUAUCAGCUAGUUUCACAAAUCCUUAGUGAUAUUGUCUUUUUUCUUUUUUCUUUUUUUUAAAUAUUAAAGAAACUUGGAUUUUGCAAAACCCAGGAAGUUUCCCUUGAAACUAGACCCCUCCCCCCAUUUUUUUUGAAAAUCUAAAAUAUUCUUAAGGUAUUGAGAUCAUCACAUCUGAGCUGUAUAUAAAUUCUUUUUUAUAAUACAAGGCAUUUGCUAAUUUUCAGUGGUGUUAAAGUGUAAGUUCUGAGUAAACUGGCUCCUAGGCUUUGCUUAUACACAUCCUUAGUUUCUUUAAACAGCGUUUUAAAAAAGAUUUGUAAAUCAGGCUGAAUUAACAUGAAUAACUAUGCAUAUUUCUAGAAUCUAGACUUUUCUAAGUGGUUCUCUCAUCUCAGCAUAAUUGUAAACUCACUUUCAGAAUGCAUAGUACAAUAGCAUCCUGACUUCUGGCUGUGUUAGAGUAGUAGAAGAAUAGUGAUUGUACUCAGACACCUGCUAGUUGAGCUGGUGUAACUGUCUGGUUUACAGCAGAGUUAAGUUGUUCCAAGCUCAGUGUGUAAACAGGCUGUAAAUUCCUGAGAUUGGCUGAAUUUGCUUUGAAUUUCUAGAACCUGACUUAAAGCAAGUUCAUGAAAUUUUAGCUGUAACUUCAAUGCUGAGUGAUAGAACUGGUCUAGAUGCUAGAGUUUUCUUUGAAGUCACAUCUAUACAUCACUUUGUAGGGGAAAGAGAUAAGGGUUAAAAGUUAUUCCCUUGUUCCUUUCAACAGCUCUGUAUUUAGCUGAUUGUGAUAAGGUAAGGUAUGGUAAAGCGCUCAGGAGCUUUGCAUCUGUUUUAAAAGGCACCAGAGUUCUGAGUGGAGAAAAUGACGCUAUGGCUUGGGCAAACUCUUUCAAACUACUCAACAUGAGCACAGUCAUUGGAAGUAGAAAUCUGGACAUCAGAAGACUUUGCAGCUGCAUUAAUGGUGGUGUGUAGGAUGGCUAAUUGUGAAAGUAACCUGAUGGGCUAGCGCUGCUGCUGCUGCAGAUUGCUUGGCCUGACACAGGAAGGUUAGUGAGCAACACAGGGGAUGAGCCAGCAAUCCAAAAUGUGGGGUGGAGUUGCUGUUUUAUAUAGGAAUAUUUUAAUGACUGUGUAUGACUACAGCCUCACAGUUAAUUUUUUUUUGUUAAAAUACAUAUAAUAGAUUACUUUGUGCAGCAGGGGGUCUGUGAUGUUAAGAACUUAAGCACUAAGUUCCCUUCUGCUGAUCAAAUCCAGAGUUCUUGGAGAUCUUAGGGAAUCUUUACAUUUUACCAAAAACAAACAAAAAACACACACACACAAAAACAAACAAACAAACAAAAAAAACCCUUCCACCUUUCCUGUUAAAUAAGUAGUCUUAUGUCUAGAAACAUAAUGACUCCCAAAUGAAGACUUCUUGUGAAGUUUACUAUGUCCUUAUUUUGUUUUCAAAUUUGGGCCUUGCUGAAGCUGCACACAUGAAAUCUUUGUCCUUUUUAAGAUAUUUUCAGACAUUCAUAGUUGCCCAAAUACUGAAGAAAUAAUUUGCAUGACUGCAGUUUUAUUAUCCAGGCAAAACAAAAAUAAAUCCUUGGAUUACAGUAUUGUCACUGGUAAUGGCUUAUUAUCUAGUCACCUAGACUGUAGUAGUAACUAGUAAUUCUAGUAAUUGCCACCACCUUUUUUUUUUUUUUUUUUGGAAGUGUGAUUCCAGAAAAGAAAUAUUACUACUUUCACAUUCCUUAUUCUGUGUAAGUUGCUAACUUCAGAUACCCUAUAAUUUAUAGACUGAAAACUGAGAAAUAGAUAAAAAAUGCUUUAAUAGUCAAGGAAAACGAAUGACUCGCUGGAUCGGUUCAAGUACUAUUUGUCCUUUUCUUUCUAGGAACUUAAUCUUCCUGUAGAGCCUUAAUUUGGUAAUGCUCACUGUUUGCCUUAAAUUCUUUCUUACUUCUAUCUUUUUGCAAGGCUGUAUGUUCUUAGGGACAGAAUUUUGGGAACAUACAUGUAAGAUUGGAAAAAGUUGUAUUGGAUUCAUCUCCUGUAGUCACAGGCAGCCACACCGUGAUGUCCAAUUAAUUACUGGUUUACUCUUGGUGUUUUUUGAUGUAAAUGUAUGUUUCUGUCCUCAUUAGUGGCUACUCAUGAUAGAGGUGAGCAAGGCUUGGCCUGACUAGAGUAAAAUCUAAGAGAACGGGGAGGAUAAGAUUACUUGACCAUUUAGAAAUGUCUAGCUCUACCUUCCAUUAGCACUUCAGCCAACAUUGUUAUCUGUUACCUUUUGAUAGGAAAAUCUGAACCAAAUGCAGACAUGAACACAGCUCUGUGGAUCGUCUCGCUCAGGUUCCCUUUGGUAGCCCCAAGUAAAUGACCAGAAGGGAUCGUGUGUUGUCCUGAGAAAAGCUCGGAAUCGGGAGCUCUUCCUUUUGUGUGAUGGAUGGUGGCUGUGCUACUCAGGACGGUGCCUGCUGGUGCAAAGUGCCACAUGCUCCACUGCACGGGAAGUCAGAGUUUGCCUAUGCUGCUGUUCUGUGUUGCUAGGUUAUCAUUAAAAUGUUAAAAUGCAGAUGAAGACUGGCUUUUGUAGAAUCCGGCUACCUUCUGAAUACAAAAGGGAAUCCUAAACCAAGUUGUAGCACGAGAUGAGGUGUUGGAGCUCUGCUCCCUGGUGUUCCGGUCACCCAGCGAGGAGCCAGAGAGCUGCAUUGCUGCUGCUGCAGGAGCCCUGUGGUGCUAACCUCACCUCUGCACUGAAAUUGGGGCUGGAUCUUCACAUAAUUACAGAAUAUCCAAGAUUGGAAGGGUGCCAAGGAGAUCUUGUGACUGAACACCUCGCUCAAAGCAAGAUGCCGGCUAGAGCAGGCUGCCCAGGCCCACGUCCAGGCGCCUUUUGGAGCUCCCCAAGGAGGAGACCCCACAGCCUCUCUGGGCAGCCUGUGCCAGGGCUCUGUCACCUGCCCAGCACAGCAGUGCUGCCUGGUGCUCACAGAGUCAUUUACGUCAUUUACGAAAAGGUCCUCAUCAAGUCCGACCAUCAGCCUAAGACUACUCUCACCUCGUGUCCUGUCACUGGGCACCAGCAGGAAGGCUCUUGCUCUGUGGUCUUUCUGCCCUCUCAUCUCGGUUUGUACGUACUGAUGGGAUUCCUCUCAGCCCUCUCCAGGCCGAGCAGUCCCAGCUCUCUGGAUCUCCUCCCUCAACCUGCUGACAGCUUCCUGAUGCAGCACACGAUGCUGCUGCUGCCCUUUGCUGUGGCACAGCACAUUGCCGGCUCAUUCAGCUCCCCCAGGGCUCUUUCUGCAGAGCUGCUUUUCAUACUGCUGGCCUCCAGCCUGUCCUGGUGCCUGGGGUGGUUCCUCCCCAGGGGCAGGAGCUGCCUGUUCCCUCUGAUAACUCCACAAAAUCCUGUCAGCCCAUUUCUCCAGCCUGUGACGGUGCCUCUGGAUGGCAGCACAGCCCCCUCACACGCUCCUUCCAGCCCUGCAUCUCUCGCACACGUGCUGUUAGGUGCGUUCUGUCCCAGCAUCCAGGUCAUUAAUGAAGGUUUUGGAAAUGAUUGGCCUCAGUGCUGACUGCCUGGGGCACACUGCUGGGUGCCAGCCUCCAACUGGUCUUUGUGCCACUGAUCGCAUGCUCCUGGCUCUGUUCAGCCACCUCUCAGCCCACCUCGCUGGUACGGGCCACCCAGCCCGUACCCCUUCAGCUUGUCAUUGAGGCUGCAAGGGCAGAAAGUGUCAGAAACCUCCUGAAAGUGAGGGUAAGCAACACCCGCUGCUGUCCCCAUGCCCACAGAGCAGGUCACCUAAUCACGGGAGGCUGUGAGGGCAGGUUGAUUGAGGAUUUGCAAAUGGCCCUUCCAUAAAUCCGUGCUGACUCCUGUCAGCCGCCUUCUUGUCCAUGGUGAGUGGCUUUCUUCAGUGUUCCCUAGCCUGGACAUCUUCUGCUUAGCAGAUGUUGAAGGUGAGGGGAGAUGGGGAAACUCACACACAUGUUGUUUUGUGGCUUUGCCUUGCUUUUACUAAGUUGUUCCCUGUCAUUUCUAGGACUUGUAAAAAUCAUAAUAUAAUGUACACCAGGCUAAAGAAAUACGCUAUAGGCAUUUACUCAUAAAAUCUAAAAAAAAAAAAAAAAAAAAAAAGUAAUACAGGUAAAACUGUUUCUGCCAUCAGUGAAGAAAGAAGAAAAAAAAAAAAAAGGAAAAAAAUCCAACCACUUAUUUAUGCUGUUUAAAUCAUGUUUUUUUUUUUUUUUCUCUUUUUCUUUCUGUCCACCUGACUUCUUGUCUUGACCAAGUGCUGUUGGGAACUCAGCCUUCUGGCUUUCCCUUAGGUAUCAGACCAGCCCUGUGCAAAAGGGCUUUUUGGGAGCCUUGGCGCUUGGCAAGCUUCCUGGGUGCUUCAGACUCUGUCUGUCCCCGAGUUGCUCUCCUUCCUUCCUGCGAAGGGAAGAGAGGAUGGCCAAGGCUCCCUGGAGAUACAAAUGUUCCUUUGACUGGCUAAAUAAUGACUUCUUGUCUCAGCGGAGUGAUAAAACCCUUCCCUUCUCUUUCUCCCACUAUUCAGUGGUGUGAACCUGGCUGGCAGAGCCUAAUGGCCUAAUUAAAUUGCAUUAAAAACUCUGAAAAGAUUAGAUUAAAAUGUGAGUGGCUCUCAUUGUGCUUGGGGCAUAGUGUGCAACGGCAAACUGAAACAUGUUGCAAAAGACUCUGAGUCAGCCAAAUCAGUCACUUAAAAAAGAAAUAAGAAAACAAAAUUACACCUGUUCAGUUUUAUAUCAGUUUUCUGAUGAGCAGAAUUUUGCAGAGAUGAAUGUUGGCUUUGUGCUUUUGCCAUUGCAAUUCCCUUCUUCAGCUCUCAACUUCGAAACAAAUUUCACGCAGUUCUGUUGUGCCGGCAGAGGUACUGGGCUCUGAUUUAAUUCAUCGUGAGGUCAAAAUGUUCCGUCAGUCUUCCUGCCACUGGGGUUCCUAGGAUGGUGGACGGCAGCUCAGAUAACCUCUGAUCAUGCGAUCUGGGAAAGCGUCCGCAUUUCCAAGCUCUUUGUCCAGCUGUACUUGCUGUAACGCAUCACCCUGUAGUUUGAGUUUUGCUGCAUGUUGAUUACAAAAGUACUUUUUCAAGAAUCAGUUGAAUCAUUUCAGUGUCUAACUCCUUGGCCUGAGUUAUAUUUAUGUCCUGAAAAUGUUCUUCAUUGGAUCAGGUUUUGAUUAAAGAUGCUGGCGGCCACAUAGCCUCAAACUGGAGCUGACUGCCUGCUAUGCCCUGUGUGCAAAAUUCUGCUCUUCAAGUUGGAAUUGAAAGGACCACUGGAGUGUUCUCUGGUUUUGGGCACAAGAACAGCGCUGCUAUCCGAUACAACAGCAAUUAAAGCUGUGGCAGCGAGCUGAGCAGCAGGGACGGAUCGCUCUCACCCAGGCUGUGCUCCUUCUGCUUGCAGGCAGUGGCAGCAGCCCCAGACUGCGUUCAUCUGAUUUACCUCUCCCUUUUCCAUGUUGGGAAAGAGGCACCAGAAGAAAUCUGAUGUCUCCUUACGAUAUUCAAGAAGCAUUUUCCUGUAUGAGCAUGAGGCAAGUUACAGGUGCUGUGAUGGCUUCAAGUUCCAGCAGAGGGGGGAUCCAGCGCUCAGGAAAGUCAAGUACUGGGAAAUGGUAUUGAUAAAAGGAGUUGUGUUUGUAUAUGCUGUAACAGAGCUCCGAGGAAAUGAUAUAUUGAAGUACCACUUCUUGAUUAAAUGAUCAGUUUUGGACUAAAACCUCUUAAAGCUAGAUGAAACAAAUAAGAAAAUAUGAUUAAGCACUAAAAUAUGACAAAAGAGGGGAAAGUGUGGUUAGUCUUGUAUUUGAAGAAAGAACAGUAGUUGGGGUUGUGUUUAAGUUACAGUACUGAGUUUGCAAUGGUGCAGAGAAGUAUUAGCUACCUGGAGAAAACUAAGCCAGCAACAGACUAGCUGAAAACUGAGGAAAUGCUCACCAAUAACAAAAAUUAAAACUGGAGAAAGAUUUCACCAUCUAUGCAGUUGAGCUUGAUGUUAUAAUGUAAAAUGCCUGCUAUAAUAAUGUUGCCUAAUGAAAAAUGAAAACCAGUGAAGGAAACAAACAAUGAAAAAUGCACGUCGAUGUCAUGAGGUUUUCCCAUUGCACUGUAAUGUAGCACUGCAGAUUUUUUUCCCCUGGGAUUUCUGUUUCUAAUAAAACUGUUUCAAAUAAACUUCCUGUUAUUCAUA